AUGCUCGUGGCCAAUUUCGAAUCGCUCGACGUGUGCAAGAAUGAAAUCUGGAAUCAAACAGAGACGGUGUCAACAAGUGUUAUGGAAGAAGUAGAGUUGUUUAUGAAUACGGUGGUGCCGCCGUUGCUACAAUUUAUUACGGAAGCACCGUUGAAGAUUGUUAUUGGUUUGCUGGCACUAUUUAUUGAAAGAAAUAAUAUUAUUUGCGUCGCUAAAAGCAAGGUCGGGUUGGCAUUUUUGACAAUGUUUUUGAGUCGAGCGGAGAUUUUGAAACAGGGUCGUGGAAGUCACCCACAGACCGAAGAAAGAGAAUUCCUGCAAUGGCAAGAGUUAUAUAAUCACCUUUUUACAUUACUUCAAACCCACUUUUUAUCACUGUUUCCGCCAUUUGUUACGGGGAUAGAUGAUAUGUACGUCUGGCAAUUUUUGGCCGCUAUGGCUGUUGGGGCUUCGCAUGAGCAGCAGUCGGUUCUAGUGACCGAAGUGAGGGAACGAGUGAUGGAGACACUUUUCCAAGUGAAGCUUCAGUCAGAUAAAGCGUACCAGAAAAUUAACAAUGUCAAUUUAUUUUUACAUGCUUUGGGAUUGGAUGCGUCUCAAAUAAGUAUCUGA